GGAUGCUGGGGGACGACUUCUUAGCAGAGGGAUAAAUGGCUCCAGUGCCAGCCGACGGACGGGGACCUGACGCCUGCGGCAGGAGCCGACGCACAUCUUGUCACCUCCAGGAGCCAUGACAGGCCUCCACCUCUUCCUGCUGGCCGUCCUGCUGUGCUGGGAGCCCGGGCCAGCCCUGAGCCUUCAGUGCUACACCUGCAGUGAUAUAGAGAACAGCGGUCCCUGCCAGCCCCUCCAGUGUCUGAUGCAGGGCGUCUGCUACAGCAGCGACAUGACCUUGACCACGGGAGAUGGAAAGCAGCUGAAAUACCAGCAGAAGGGGUGCGCCCCCUCCUGCAACGAAGUUUCCAGGGUAAUGCAGCAGCUCUCCGAGAUGAGCCCCCUGGAUGUCCUGGACCCUGCAGGCCUGCAGGGCCAACCUAAGUUUGAAUCGCAGGGUCUGGUGUGCUGUGAAAAGGACCUGUGUAACGGGGGGCCAGGGCUCCUUGGCCCUGGCGGGGGGCUCCUGCUCAGCCUAGGGCCCGUCUUGCUCUGGGCCCUGCUGUGACCAGCCCUGACUCUCCAGCACAAAAAGGGGGACCCCGUUCCGAACAGAGUCUCA